UCCCCUGCACUUGCAUGUAAAAAAUGCACAGUAAAACUUGCUUGACAUUGUGGAGAAAACAUUUGGACCUCGCCGCUGCACCUGACUGUCUCUCAACUAUCCAUUUUGAUUUUUUUUUUUUUUGAUCCGAGCCGCGCUGAAGCACAUUUCAGCCCGUCAUCUUGUCUACUCGCAAAAAAAAAAAAAAAAAAAAAGGCAGCAGAUUCUUGCUGAUGCAGUGAUGUCUGGAAAUGGCAAGGGCUCGCUUAUUGCCCCUUACAGUACUUCCCCCCUGAAUUGCAGCGCAAGAUUUUCUCCUGCGGUACACUGUAAGCUGUUCACACCACCGUGCCGCCGCGCAAGCAACUACCGACGCUACAGCUUUUCCAUCUCAGGCUUUCUUCUGUAGACUCACCUGAUUUUCACCCUGUUUCAUCUCAUCUUGGUUCACCACCUAAAGGCGUGAUUAGACCUUAUUUGAGUGCACUUUUGAGGCGGACACAGUUGGGAUAGCGAUGAGCACAGCAAGGCUCUAGGCUUUUUUUUUUGUGAUAGGUGCAAUGUAAAGUUGCCACAUGACACCCACUGAUGCCCCGCCGUUGGAUGAUUUUACUCGAGGAUAAGACGCAUUCAAGUCCUUUCAAGAUCAACCCACGAGGCAGCAGUAACAACAGCAGCAGAUGCACCGGAGAACAGCAAUGGUCAAGUCAGCGAGAACCGCAGUGGAGCCGCACUGAGGCAAAGCAGCCAACCAGCCCCCUCGUAUCUGGGGACGUCUCCAACAAUUUAAGGGGUGUGGGAAGCUGAGGAGUGGAAAAUUUUCCCCGAACCUGAAUGCCUGCUCAGUCAGACUAACCAACAUCCCAACACAACUCCUCCUCCACCUCCUCCUCCUCCACCCAAAAUGACCGUGGUAGCAGGAGAUAACAUGGACGAGACCUCGGCUGUACCUGGCCACCCUCAGGACACCUACCCCCCAGACCACAAUGACCACGAAUGCUGUGAGAGGGUGGUCAUCAAUAUAGCUGGCCUCCGGUUUGAGACACAGUUGAAAACCCUCUCCCAGUUUCCAGAAACGUUGCUGGGCAACCCCAAAAAGCGGAUGCGGUACUUUGACCCUCUGAGAAAUGAGUACUUUUUCGAUAGAAACCGGCCCAGCUUUGAUGCCAUCCUCUAUUACUACCAGUCUGGGGGUCGGCUGAGAAGACCAGUGAAUGUCCCUUUGGAUAUGUUCUCAGAAGAGAUCAAAUUUUACGAGCUGGGAGUGGACGCGAUGGAGAAGUUUCGUGAGGAUGAGGGUUUCAUCAGGGAGGAAGAGCGCCCUUUACCUGAGAAGGAGUUCCAGCGUCAGAUUUGGCUCCUCUUUGAGCACCCAGAAAGCUCAGGCACUGCGAGAGGCAUUGCCAUAGUGUCUGUGAUGGUAAUCCUGAUUUCAAUAGUCAUAUUUUGUUUAGAGACUUUACCACAGCUGAAAGAGGACCCAAUGGGUCGAAUGGUGACAGUUGGGAACACUACUGUCUAUUACAAGCCAAAUAUCCUCACUGACCCCUUCUUCCUCAUUGAGACACUCUGUAUAAUCUGGUUCUCCUUUGAGUUGAUAGUACGCUUUCUGGCGUGCCCAAGCAAACCGGCCUUCUUCAAGAACAUGAUGAACAUGAUCGACAUAGUGGCUAUCAUCCCCUACUUUAUUACACUAGGCACCGAGCUGGCUGAAGACCCAGAAAAGGAGGGAGUGGGGGAGCAGGCAACAUCUCUGGCCAUACUCAGGGUGAUCCGUCUGGUCAGGGUGUUUCGGAUUUUCAAGCUGUCACGACACUCCAAAGGACUGCAGAUUUUGGGGCAGACACUCAAGGCCAGCAUGCGAGAGCUCGGAUUGCUGAUCUUCUUUCUGUUCAUUGGAGUCAUCUUGUUCUCCAGCGCUGUCUACUUUGCUGAGGCAGAGGAGCAAGGAUCCUACUUUGGCAGCAUCCCGGAUGCAUUUUGGUGGGCUGUUGUGUCUAUGACAACUGUGGGCUAUGGGGACAUGGUCCCGGUCACUAUAGGAGGCAAGAUUGUAGGAUCUCUGUGUGCCAUCGCCGGAGUGUUGACAAUUGCGCUCCCAGUGCCUGUCAUUGUGUCCAACUUUAACUACUUCUACCACAGGGAGACCGAGGGAGAAGAGCAGGCCCAGCUGCUCAACGUCAGCAAUCCCAACAUCCCUUCUGAAACCAACUCCAGCCGCCGUAGUUCAUCCACCGUUAGCAAGUCAGAGUACAUGGAGAUUGAUGGAGACAUAAACAAUAGCAUCGACAACUUUAGGGAGGCGAACCUCAGAACUGGCAAUUGCACUAUAGCCAACCAAAACUGUGUAAAUAAAAGCAAGCUGCUUACAGAUGUUUAGACACUAGUUAGGAACUUUGGGACCUCUAUGAGACUGUCAUAUGUGGAGUAGACCAUCAGUAAGGAAUGCUUCAUUUACCUCCCCAAAGCACUCUCUGGCAUUAGGCCUACAAUAUCCUCAGCUAUAUAGAAAGGAAACAGAAAAAACAAAGCUCUUAGAGUAUAUGAGAGGUAGAUAGAAUAAUUAAUUCUUCUGAGCCUACAAAUAUGUAGGUACAUCAAAAAGAAAACAAAUGAUGACGCAUAUUCACGGCUCCCUGGAGGACGCAGAGCACACACUGUCUUAUCAGAUGACGGUGUGAUAAUUUAAAUCUUAUGCAUGGAGUACAGAUAACAUUUCAGCAAGUUGCACAAUGCACCAGAAAAGUCUGCAGAGACAUGCAAGCAUCUGCAGCCAAGUCGUAAGCGCCAAGAAGUUAGGUGACCCCCGCUCCUCCCUCUCCCUCCCCCCUCCUCUCUCCCUACAAAGGAUCUACUAUUCAGCAAAGCACCUUAUAGGAGGAAGACUGAUCUCUCUUGUUUGGAUGUAAACAGAUGGUGAUCUACACGCUUCAUGGACAUCCGCAAUGCUGCUGUUUUCCAGCAGAUGCUGUAAUUCUGAUAUCACCAAGUGAUUCAAUGCCAUGCCCUUUAGAUGCAACACAGCACAAUGAUAAAGUGAGCUUCACACGAGCAUGAUUAGAGACUUUCCAUUUUGAUAUCGGCAUGCAUGAGACAUAUCUCACAUAAUGGAAAGGAUGUUCUUUUGGAUACCUGCCUCCAUCCACCCCGUCUCAUCUGUUUUCAUACUGAGUGCACUGGAUGAGUUUUUAAUUUGAAAUGCUAAUAAUUUAGAAGUAUAGAAAUUGAAUGUUAAAUCUUACGGGAACAGUACAUAAAUGAGAUCAUAGCAUGAAAAAAGUAACCUGCAUUAUGGUCUAUCGACUAAGGUACUUUUGUAUCCUGGUAUAUUUAAUGCAUGACAUGACUAUACAGCUUGUUGCAAUUCAGGCACUCUGCAGUGCCCUAUUGUCAGGGAAACUAAAGGAAAUCAAAUUCUGGAUGUUUCUGAAUUGUGAUCAAAUAUAUCCAAACCCACCUUGAGGAUGCAGAGUUUCUAAUUUAAAAGUAGUCAAAGAAACUGAAUAAAUAUUAUCAGAAAUGCAUAUAAGCAUAGUAAGCACCAAUUACAAUAUUACAUCAAUAGUGCAGUGCAUGGACCUUCUUUGAACAAGAGAUGUUAACAUAUCAUAAGUCAUGCUUCCAUUUCCACAUCAAAUUUGAGUUCAUAUUGGUUUGGAAUCCACAAAAAAAAAGGUUCAAUACCAAAUUUCACUUCAUAUUACAGACAGUUAUUCUGACAUUAGUUGCUAGUGCCUUUAUCCCUUUCACCAACAGGACCAGUGAAAGUGCCUCUGUGUACAAUGUGAUUUGUGAGGUUGAGAAGAGCUGGUUUACCUUCUGUUCUCGUGUUGAUACACUGUUGGUUAUGAAGUUAAUGAUGCCAGAUGAGCAAGGUUGAAACAGCAGGUGAUUGUGGUCAAAAAAAAGAAGAAGAGAUAAUCCAUGGCUGUUAUGCACAACUCAGUUUUCAUUCUGUCACGCACCUAAUUAUGCCCUUAAGCAGCAAUGUAUUGUACUCUGCAUGUUUACCAAUCCAAUUCAAAAGGGAAUAUCCAUAGGUUUUAAACAUGUUUUAUUUAUAUUUGUUGUUUACGUUCGUGCACCAUGCAUCCUUUCAGGGUCUCUACCUCAGUGAGGUCAUUGCAAACUUGCUGCAGAGCUGCAAGCUUCAAUGCAGGGCUUCCUAUAUACCAUAAUGCAAAAUGGAACCUUAAGUGUAAACUGCAGUCAUGCAACAUUGAAUGUGAGAGUCCCAAAGCAUAGCCUUUACACAAGCACUUAGGGCAAAUAGUGUACCACAAUCCCGCUCCUUUUUUUCACUUAAAGCUACGCACAAUCAGAACCUUCAUUUGUAGAGAGUUUGUAGAGAUUGAUUGACUCUCCUAAUGGGAUGAGAUUUUAUAUGUUAGUUUCUUUGAAACAAUGGUAUCUUAAGUUACUGUUGUGUCACAGAAACACACUUGAAUGUGUUUCAACACACGUGUAUAAUAUGGUGGACGACGUUUGUUAUAGUUUUUAAAUCUGCCAUCCUGCAAUCUGUGGGCAUUAUGACGCACAGCAUAGUGCAGCCCAUCUUUUUGCACAAACAUUUUGUUUUGUUGCUUAAACCUCUUUAUUUUCUUUUUUUCUUUUUUGCUUGUGAGAAUGUUCUUUCUUUUUCACUGUGCUUGCUCCCGAGUAGUGCAUUGUUUCUCAGCAUACUAUUCCAGACAGGCUAACUGCAGAUAGAUUUGGAUAAAUUAUAAUGAUUACUUGAAAAUCUCCAGCUACUGUACAUCAAUCUACACUAGUACUGAGUAUAAGUCACCCAAAUGAUAGUAAGAUUUUGUACUGUACUGUACACGCUUUUUUAAAAUUUUGUUUGGCACUGUCCUGACAAGGUCCUGUAAAAAAAAAUCCACUGCAGUGCUACUUGAAUGUCAUAGUUGUUUCUGUUGGUGCAAUGGCUAUUCUUUGUGGUGCUAGUACAGGACUACCAUUGUUGUCUUGUUACCAUCACACGUUAUCUGAAGCAUCAGCUGAAGCAAGCCUUCGUUAAUUGUUUUGGAUAAGACCUUUUCCAUUCUUUGAUUCUUGUUCUUGUUUUGUUAUUGGUGGCUGGUUGGUUAGUUCAGGGCACUGUUUGUCAUUUUAUUUGGAACUGAUCUUUGUACUGUACUGCUGAAGAGCGUCCGCCUCAGGCGAGGUAAAAAUUCAAGAGCCUUGCUAGAUGUCAGCAAUUUAUCAUGAGAGCAAAAAAGAUACACAUUUGUGUCAGGGAUCUUUAGUUUGUAUAGGAUUUCGCAUACAAAAGGCACCAAUAAUACCCAAUACCAUACAUUAUAUUACUAUAUAUAGAAUGAUAUAAGAAAAUUAUAGUAGUCUCAUAAAUGCAGCUAUCAGGAAAUUGUUCGCUUCGUUCCCAAGUUUCUCGUACGAUUGAUGCUUGAAAGUAGCGAUGUGUUUAACAUGUCCUACAGGAAACAGCUGAGAGUGAGGUGAAGAAAAUAUAAACGAUACCCCUCACAUUAGCAGUGCUGUUGCUACUCUUGCUGUGAGGUCAUGUAUGGAUGGUGCUAUGCAUUCAAUUACCCAACAGAAACAUGUAUUCUUAACAGCAAUAGAAUAACAGAUUGCCUGUUUCUUAGAUGCUUUUUGUAAAAAAUAGUAAAACAAAUCUAUUUUGAAUGUCAGAGAAGCUGCGAUCACUUGACAGAUAACUCACAACAGGGCUGUUUAUGUACCAACCUCUUACCCUCUGUUCUGUGACUUUGUAAGGUCAGUGGGGUCAAACGUAGAGGCUGACAUUUUAUUGAAAGAAACCCGUGAAAAAUCCAAAUAUAGGCUUUGUAAUAGUGGCAGUCCCCAUUUACCACCCAGAUCUGACUGAAGUUGUUUUGCAGUCAGGAACAAAGGCUGGUUCAGUCGAACCUAUAACACAGUCCCAAAGGGACAGCCCAUAAUGCACUUAGAGAGGAUCUAUCAUCAGUUCACUGGACUGAUCAGCUGUGUGAGAGAACGUCAGAGAAGGUGCCUAAAAUGUUUUACAUAUUCAUUUGUCUAGCUUACUGUUAGAUGUUAUGCUUCUGCAAACAAACACGAGUGAAAAGAUCUUAAAAAAACGAUGACAUUAACCUAAUUAAACUAUAAGAUGAAAUGUCAUGAGAACAAAAUGCAAUUUAGCUACAAUAAGAUAGAGAAAAUUAACCACUAUAUACUGCAAUUACUUAUGAAAAACAAUUUUAAUGUGUGUUUUUUAUUUUCCUUUUUUUGUUGUUGAUGGCACUGUACCAUGACUGAUUUAGGAAGAACAUGCCAUAUACUGGAAUAUCAAAGACAAUAUGUUCGUCUGGCAAGCCAUGAUAAUGAAACUACUGUAUUAUGAUCAAUUGCUAUACACUAAAUGAUAUGGACAAGAAGUGUACUAUUAUUAAAAAAAAAACCAUAUGGUUUGUCUUUUUGGUUUCAAGAAAAAAAAACAAAAAAACAGGAUUCAUUCAAACACCAUGUUCACAUUUUUCUCCACUGCUGAACCUACUGCUAUAAUGUAUCUCUACAGAAACCUAGUAAUCGCAAAAAACUGCAUGGUCGAUGGAAGACUGCAUGAGUUUUGCCUUUCAAACUGUGGAUCAACUAUAAUACAGUUGCAUCAUUUAAAAAAAGAAACCCUUGCUUUCAUCUGCACCAAGGCUUCCUGUAAGGCCCUGUUCAGAAGUUGUCUUGAGACAUGUCCUCUGCUGGAGCUCUAAAAAAAAAAAAAAGCACCUUAGCGCUGACCUCAUCACUAAGACGGCAUUGGGUGUUCGAGCCGUUCUCAGCGUCUGUGUGAUUUUCAGGUUGUGCUUGCUAGGCUCUGAAUGUGAGCAAGGACAUUAAGGGCUAGUUUCUCAAACUUUAUCCCUAUUCUAGGACUGAAACGCUCUUUCAAGUGACAUUUUGCCCAUUCUUAUCUCAGUCUAGACUGUAGUGAUACUGUGUUGUGGGAAACAUGCCCAUCAUGUCUAAGCAGGGCCUGUGCCGCACACCCUCCUCUGUACUACAUUGGUUUUAAGGCAUUCUUGUUUGCGAAAAGUUCUUGAUAUCGGACUGCUUUCUGCCUGCUGAGGAGGCACUGAACAGGAUCAAAUGUUGGGAUGUUGUGUACCUCACUCGCCAAAGGUGAUCAUUGAUGAGAAGAUCUUGUCUGUGUUAGAAGUGUGAUGGCUAUGAAUUUGUCUUUUCUGUCAAGAACGCACAUUUAAUUUCUUGUAGGGAAGUUUUGGAGCAAAGUGCAAAAGGACUGUUGAACUCUUCUGCUCUUCUUUUCAUCCACAAGCAAACCAAACUCUGAUUGUGUUUCUAAUCUAGCCGUCAUUGUCACGUUGUGUUUACCAAGGAUUCUGCUACAAUGUGUUCAGUUUGUCAGAUGUGAUCUAUGCAAGGGUUAUUUGUUUUUAUUCUUAUAUCACUUAUGAUUUCACCUUACAUUAACUUCAAUAAAUUUUUAAGGAUC